AUGACUACCGACCGGCAGCGCGUGGGCAUCUCCAUCGAUUUCCUCCUCAAUUUCACGAAUCCUUCGGGGUAUCGCCCAUCCGCUGCGAUCGCCGCCGAAGCCACGGAACUCGACGAUGCAGAUGGCGAAGCACACGUACAACCACACGAUCAAGAUCAACACAUGGCGCAUGAGCAGUCGUUCUUCGAAUUUGCCGACUUACCUUCUGUCUUCUUCGGUUUCCCUUUCCUGGUGUCGGGGAGAGAAGUAGACUACGCGUCUCCGAUCAUAAGCGAUGGUCUGACACCUGAACUGGAAGAUGCGUACGCCUUGGAACGCGAUGCUGGAGCGUGGUGA